UUUGUCCUCACCGUACGGAUGGCUGAGGAUGGCUCCGCUUCUCGUGGGGCUGCUCCCGAUGCCUUGCAGUUUACAGCCCUGUGUCCUGCUUCAGGAGCAGCUUGGCCACCCAUGCAGCAAGGCCAGCUGGUUUGUUGAGGCAGCAGACACAUGAGCUGACCUUGCUUUUGAGAAAAAACAGAAAAAGGAAUUUUUUCAUUUUUCCACAGAAGAAUGGAGAUGCAAACAGUCCAUUGAAGGACUUCAUACCCAGUUGUUCACUAGGCAUUUGAGCUCACUGAGGAGUACUACAUCCAUCAUGGGUGCAUUCCUGUAGCUGCAGUCUUAACCCAGGUGAAGUUUGCCACCUGACAGAUUUGUAAUUAGACUCACCAGUUGUUUCUGUGGUACUUGAAAGAGUUAACCUCUACACAUAAAGCAAAAGUUUGUCCAAACAGUGGCUCUUUUGAAUUUAGCAUAUGACAGCCUUGGUCGCACAUGUGGAAACCAUCUAAGUGUCUGCAAGCACAGUAUUAAAACAUAUAAAAGUUGUCUAAAUUAUGAAUUACCUUGUGUGAAUUCCAUCUCCUUGAUAAAUGCUAGAAGAUAAUUACAAGUGAUCUAAAUUCCUGCAAAAUCAUAGUGAAAAUGAGUUGGAGAACAAUUAAUUUCUGAUAUACAUGACAGGGAAAAAGUUUGCUAUUAGCUUUAUUCCAUUUUCUGUUGCAGAUCAGGUUUCAGUCAUUCCUGGCAUGUGAUAUAAUUAUCCCAUAUACCCAUAUGCUUAUAUACAAUACUGCUAGUUUACACUUAGCCAUAUUUUUUUUAAGCAAGUGAAGUCAUCAGCCUCUUUCUUCAUGGUAGCCCGGGAGCUGCUCAGUAACUGGAUGAAGUUCCAACUGCAACUGGAGCUGAGUGAUGGAGAAGAGGAAGUUGACUCUGUCCUUCAGGAAGAGCCUUCUGCAGCUCCUCCGAAACUUGUGCAGCUAUCUGGAAUGUGAAAUGGAAAGUUCCUCUGUCCAGAAAUACCUCCAGCAUCUUUUGCAGAGUGAAGCUGUGAACUGUGGGAUAGCAAAACACCUUAGACUUGAAGAGAUCAAGGAAAAAAAAAGACUUGCAGAUCCACGAAUAAUCAUGGAGCUCAGACACAAGCAGGUGAAAGAAAACCGAAUGAGGCAUCAGAGGGCUUUAGAGCUUCAGAGACAAGAAGAGUCCCUGAAGAAAGCAAUUCUGGCUGAGGCCAGGCUCCAAGCACAAGAAGAGGACAGAAAGAAGGCCCUGCAGGCUAAAAAGGAGGAGGAGGAGAUCCAGAGGGAAAUAGUAAAGCUGAGAAAGGAAAUGGCUGAGAAGAAGCACACCAUGGCAAAAGAUUGGCGAAUGGAGGGGAAGAGGCAAGAAAAAACUCAGAAGCUGUCAAGGCAGGAGGUGUCUGCUGUGUCACCACCCCUGGUCCUGAAGAGAGAAGAGCAAGAAGAGGAGAAACAGAGAAAGACGCAGGAGUUGGUGCGCUGGAUUCACACCAGUAAGCAGAGAUGCUUGAAACGACACUUUUCUGCUUGGCUGAAAGUCAUUCUGGAGCACAGAAUUAAAAUGGGAAAAGCCAGAGCCCUUGCUGACUGGAGAUGCCAACUGAAGGCCCUGCGAGCUUGGAGAAACUACACUUGGGCCCAGAAAGUAGAGCAGGAAACACAGCAUCUCCAAGAUCAAAACAGGAAAACCCAACUGGCUGUGGAGCACAACCAGCGACACCUCCUGCGCUGCUGUUUUCUGGCCUGGCAGCACUGGAGCCGAGCAGAGACAGAAAAGCGAGAGCUGCAGAUGAAGAGGGAGCAGACAAAGAGAAAGAUGGAACAGCUGCUGGAGGCUGUGUCACUGGGGAAAGGUGGGGACAGGCCACUGGAGGCUAACAAGCCUGGGACAGCAGAAGUAAACCAACAUCAAGAUUUACAGCCAGACAAGCCAACUGAAACUUGCCUCAUACAGAAAGCGCCUGAUCAGACCAGAGAGGAGUCUUGUUGGGAUGUUGUUCACACAUCGCAUUUCUGCAGAAACCCCAAAUUUGCCUGGGAGAUUACAAUUAAACAUGCAGCCCUGAGUGCCCAGGACCAGGCUAUGUACAUGAAUCAAAUAACCACAGUCCUCCAGCAGUUUCAGGCAACCAGUCCAAAGACAUCUCCUGCUUAUGGUAGUCGUUUUGAGCACCGUCACGCCUUCCAGCAACGUGUGAUUGAGGAGCAGAGGCAGCAGCUUCAGAAACAGCAAGAGCUGAUCCUUAAACUGCAGGAAAAUCAGAAGCUGAGCAGAGAUAAAGAAGAGGCAGCACAAGCUAUUGCUGUAACACAGAUGUUUAACAAUUCUGUUUCUCAAACCAGGGAGGAAAAACAAUCCAGAUGCAAAAAUACAACCCCUUUGAGCCCACCUGAUUGUCAUGGGCCAGGAAACACAAAGGCAGCAAUGCAAGGCAGGAGGCCCUCCAGCCGUCUGACCUCACCUCAUCCCAUACUGAAAGGGAUGGAGGAGAGAGCGAUUCAGCGGGCAGAACAGAGGAAGAAAAUAGAAGAAGCCAAACAACGAAAAGCAGAGGAAAAACUGGCCCAGCUGAAGGCUGAAGAGGAAGCACUACAGAGGAAGGAAGCUGAGGAAAAGGAAGCACAGCGGGAGAAACGCCGGGAGGAAAGAAGGCAGCAGAAGCUGAAAGAACUGGAGAAGCAGAGGAGGCUGGAGGAAGAGCAGCACCUCCAGAAAAAGGCUAGAGAUCACUAUGAGAAGGUCCUUCUCAGAAAGCUGGGCAUAGUACCAUGGAAAAGGCUGAGGGAGCAAGCCAAGGAAAACCUAGUGGUGGCACAAAGGCACCACAGCUUGGGCCUGCAGAGGAAAUGCCUGAUGACUUGGCUGCAGGUCGCCCAGCAGAGUCUCAGGGAGAAGAUGUCUCAGGCUGAGGACUUCUAUUCCCAUAUGUUACUGAGAUGGGGCUUCAGGAACUGGCUAAAGUACAAGGAUUAUCUCUCUACUCAGGACGAGAGAGCAAGUACCUUCCACACAGUCUGCCUCAUGAGGAAGUGCUUCUGGGCAUGGUUUGAUCAUACCUUGGAAGAAAAAAGGGCCUUAUGGGAGAAGCUGAAGAUUGCUGCUGAACACAGUAACAAGAGACUUACACUGAAUGCAUUCAAGGCAUGGAGGCAGUAUCCAUUACUGAUGAAAAAGGAAAGGGAAAGAGAAGAAAGAAGAAACCAGCUACGCAGGAGAGUAGCUGAAAUUCUCCCCAACUUCCAAACAUGACAAAAGAGAGUCAGAUGGGAUGGGAAGGAGACAACAAGACCAGUUCUGUUCAGUGACAUCUCCCUGCUGACUGAAACACAUCCAGGGGGAGGGCUUACCAAGUCUAGAGGGUCUUAGAGACAAAGGGAGCCCCCUGUGGUCACUGUUGUUGUAAACAAAGCCUAGAUGGAAGCUUACCUGACAGUUUAAUGUUGCAUUUCAAGAAGUCAUUCCCCUCAAGCCUCUGUAGCGGUGUCUUGGCUGGUGGCCAUGAAGCCCAAAUAACCAAAGCUUAGCACAGGGUAAGUUUGAGGCCAAGGCCAUUUCCACAUGCAGAGCUGCAGCAAUGACAUGAAUCCUCCUCCAUCCAAGGAAGCACAGAGUUGAACUGCACCUCUUUUUGCCUAAGAAGUAACCUGGUGCUUUUUUGUUGGCAAUACUCUAUAGGGUGACAGCUUGUCCAGAGGGCAGACAGACCUGACUGUCAGCUGACCCCUAACCACUGCUGUGAACUUGGCCACCCAGAGCACAGUUUCUAGCUAAUUGUGCCAGGAAAGUUUGGAUGAGAGGAGGAAAGGGAAGAGCUGUUUAUGCAAACCAUAUUUGCUAAUGAUACAGAUCACAUCAUUGCAUAUGGAAAGUCUAAAACCUGUGUUCUUUUGCAAGAGGCUGCCUUGUUUGCAGCACAUGCUUUGAGUGUGGUAUCAAGCAGUGAUCCCAAGUUUAUGAGCCUCAAUUGUCAUUUAAACACUGCCCAAGCUGUUUAAUACUUCAGGGUGUAUUGUGCAAGUCUGUCUGGGCUGUUUGAUCCAGUACUUCAAAGAAACAAAAAGACAAAACUCCAUGAAAAAGGCAGAUUUUAGCUUUUACAGAAGCUAAAGCUGACAUGAUUAAAAUGAAAGUUUCACACACUACUGUUUAACCUUAACCUGCAGCAUAAUGCAGACAGGGUAAUGUCAUUCAGGUACGCUAUGUCUUAGCAACAACAUAAGGCAGGAAGCUGGAAUCACUUCCCCCUCACAGCCAGAUAGGCAAAGCGCUCCAAAAGCAUUUGGCAGUACAGGAAGUACUUGAGUAAUACCAGAAAGACAACAGUUUAUUGUUAUCUUCUAACAGAUGAUGAGAAAAACUCAUAUAUAUGCUGAAAGUUUUCAAUAAACCCA